AUGGAGUUGUUUAAAUCCUUAGGGUUCUCUGGCGCUAGCCUCGCCAAAAUGCCCACCAAAUUCCCAACUGUGCUAGAAAGUGAUGCGUACACUGCUGUUGAUUUUUUUAGAGCAAAUGGUUUUAGUGAUAUGCGAAUAAAAACAUUGACUAUGAAGUGUCCCGAACUUUAUACUUAUAAUGCUCAAAAGAUUCUUAAGCCAAAGUUGGGGUUUUUCAAAUCGUUAGGCUUGCCAGAUCUUGAAAUUACAAAGCUUUUAUCUGCAUCGCCUAAUGUUCUGCGAACGAGCCUCGAAAAACAAAUCAUUCCGUGUGUUCAAGAGCUUAGGCGGAUUCUUGGCACCGACGAGAAUGUCUUAAAGGUUAUAAAGGCAUACUUUGAAGUAAUUAGAAUAAACGUUGUAGAAAUGCUACAGCCCAACAUCGCUACUCUGAUAAGCCAUGGUGUUCCCCAAUCAUUAGUUUUCAAACUCUUCUUUAUAAGACCACGGCCACUGAAUAUCUAUAGCAAUCGAUUUAGUGAGAUUGUUAGUGACGUUAUGAAAUUAGGUUUUGAACCCAAUUGUCUACAAUUUAUUGUUGCCAUUGGGUCCAUGGCACAAAAUAGUAAAACAUUGUGGGAGCUGAAGGUGCAAGCUUUUAGGAGUUUUGGUUUGUCAGAGGAUGAGAUUUACGCAGCAUUCAAGCGGCAACCCUUGUGUAUGGCUCUUUCGGAGAAGAAGAUCAAGAAAAUGAUGGAUUUCUUUAUGAACAAACUGAAGAUGAAGCCUUCUGUGAUCUCCAAUUGUCCGAAUCUUCUACUGCAUAGCUUGCAGAAGCGAAUUAUUCCAAGGUGUUCAGUUCUGCAACUUUUGAUGUUGAAGGGUUUGAUCAAGGAAGAUACUAACGUUGUUUAUAUGGUUACAAAGGCUGAGAAGAACUUCAUGGAGAGAUUUGUGAGCAAGUAUCAAUCUGAGGUUCCUGAUGUUGUUAGAGCACACCAAGGGAAGAUAGAAUUUCAAGGGCUCCCCGUAGCCAUGGAAAUGUGA